UCACAUAACUCAAGAACUAACAAAUAACAUGAAUAAUGCGAUGGUUAUUGAAAUUUAAAAGGAAAGAUUUUCACAUCAUUAGAAAUUUUAAUCGUCAUCAAUUGUGCUGUACAAAACCCGGUGAUGUAAAAAAUGUGUGUGCUGAAUUGAGCAGAAAGUUUCAAAAUGUUGGGAUUGAAAAAGAGGAAUCGCAUUUGUCUGCAGAAUAUAUCAUUGCACAUGUACUGGGCAAAAAGAUGUUUCACCAAAUUCCAAAGAAGCAGAUAAUAACUGAAACACAGAUAGAUAAAAUCAAACAACUUGCAAUGAGGCGUUUGCAAAGAAUGCCAGUACAGUAUGUGAUACAGGAGUGGGAUUUCCAUGAGUUCACAAUUAAAUUAUCCCCACCAGUCCUCAUUCCUAGGCCAGAAACAGAGGAACUGGUCCAGCAUGUAAUACAAGACGUGGAGGAAAACAUGACAAGUCAGAAAUUCCUAGAAGUUGGCUGUGGAUCAGGAGCAGUAACUCUGUGUUUACUUGCUAAGCUUCCAUUGAUAUCAGCAGUGGCCUGUGAUAUCAGUGACAUUGCCUGUCAUCUUACAAUGGAGAAUCUUACCAGAUAUCAAGUACAGGGGAGAGCUAAUAUCCUGAAUGUGGACUUCAGAAGGCAAGAGAAUAUUCAGCUGAUCUCAGGGUUGGGUCCAUUUGACUUCAUCAUUAGUAAUCCUCCAUAUGUACCCACUGCAGACAUUGAUGACCUUGACCCAGAGGUCAAAAGAUAUGAAGACAAAUUAGCAUUAGACGGUGGUGAAGAUGGUCUAGAUUUUAUCAGACAUUUGUUAUCUGUGGCCCCCAUGUUACUGAAGAAAGGAGGGAAACUUUGGAUGGAGACAGGUAUAGAACAGCAUGAGAAAAUUAAAGAUUUUAUCACAGAUCAUCCUGGAAAAGAAUUGGAGUUUGUCAAAUCCUUUGUAGAUUUCACAAAUAGAGAGCGAUUUUGCCUUUUACAGAAGGAUUGAGGAUUUUCAAAAUCAAAUUUUGUAAACAAGACAAAAUUUAAACAAAAUAUACUCUAUAUUUUCAAUGUUUCUGCCAAAAUUUAUUUUAAUAUCUAUAUUUGUACAUGUAUUUAUAUUUUACAAAUGUUGU